GUUGUACAACCAACAUAGGCCUUUCUGAACCAAAUAAAUAUUUACGAUUUCUAGGGGAAUUCAAUAUCUGAAAGACGUUUCUGUUCACAGUUUGCGUAUACAUUCAAAUUGAGUGUAGGAGUUUGUUUAAAGGCACAAAAUGGCGCUUCCAGCCAACUACAAAGCAAUAGCAGCAGCAUCUCCAGUUCCUGCAGUAGGCAAUCAUUUGCUGUCAACUGGUGCCCCUAUGACUUUCAACAUUUUGAAAGAGCGUUUGCGAGCAUCAAGUGCAUCCAGUUCUUCAUCUGGAUCAGGGAAAGAUUCAUCAGCCAACCAAAGUCCGUUUGUGACAACUUCUCAUGGCCAUCCAGGUUUUACCCCUCAAAAAGUGGGAAAAGGAUCAAGUGGGGACACAAGGGUGCCAAAACCACCCAAACCACCAGAAAAACCUCUCAUGCCAUACAUGCGUUACAGUCGCAAAGUCUGGGAUCAAGUGAAGGCACAGAACCCAGAGUUGAAGCUGUGGGAAAUUGGGAAGAUAAUUGGACAAAUGUGGCGUGACUUGCCAGAAGAAGAUAAGACUGAAUAUGUAGAAGAGUAUGAGGCAGAGAAGUUAGAGUAUGAGAAGAACUUGAAAGUGUACCACAACUCUCCUGCCUAUGUGGCAUACAUUGCAGCCAAGACCCGUGCCCAAGCUGCUGCAGAAGAUAGGGAAGCCCAUGAGCGGUCAUCUGUUGGAUCUGGGAAACCUGCAGAUCGACGUAUAGACAUCCAACCUGCGGAGGAUGAAGAAGACCAAGAUGAUGGCUAUUCUGUGAAGCAUGUGGCAUAUGCUCGCUAUCUUCGAAACCAUCGUCUUAUCAAUGAAAUAUUCUCGGAUGCUGUUGUGCCAGAUGUCCGCUCUGUAGUGACAACAGCACGGAUGCAGGUUCUGAAGAGACAGGUGCAAUCUCUCACAAUGCAUCAGAAAAAACUGGAAGCUGAGUUGCAGCAGAUUGAGGAGAAAUUUGAAGCAAAGAAAAGGAAAUUCAUUGAAAGCAGUGAGCAGUUUCAGGAAGAACUAAAGAAGCAUUGUGUGCGGGCUGUGGAUGACGAGGCAUUUCAACGCAUGGUGGAACGUCAGUAUGAACUUCUGCGUAAGGAACGAACCAAGGAUUGUUCUGAUGAUGACAAGUCACGUCCAUCUGAUGACUCUGGCCAACAUCAGCAGCCCACACAAGCAGAACCGGUGGUGACAUUAGCAGAUGACUCUCAGCCGCCAACAGAGAUGAUGGAAGUGCAGCAGAAUGGUGAAGCAGAGCAGCACACACUGGAUCACAGCGGUGCUGGCACCAUCGUCAAUGCUGCUAAACAGACGGAAUCUCCAGCUCAGAAGGGCGUGUCACCCACUCCAAUGCCAAUGCCUGGAACAGGGUCUUUUUCUCGUUCAUCUACCCCUCAGCCUCCCUCCACUGCUCCGCCAGUAUCCCAGCAGCCACCCCCACACCCUCACAUGCCAACACAGCAAUCUAUGCUUCCUCCAGGAUCACAAGGUCCCUAUCAACAGUAUCCCCCAGGUUCAGGCCCUGGGAUAGGCAGUCAACCCCCACAGACUGUCCCUCUUCCACCGAGACCUCCAGUCCCUCAUCCUCAGUACCCUCCAUAUCCACAACAGCAGCAGCAGCAGGCUUAUCACCAGCCCUACUCGCAGUACCCUCCACAUCCACAUGCACCACAUCCUUUUUAUCAGCCGUACCAGUAUCACAUGCCUCGCCAUUACCACCCACAACAACAUGGAGCUGAUGCCACUCACCAGGGUGUUGAUGGAAGUGGACCAUAUGGACCAAACCCAGAGGUAGAUCGUCCACUGAUGGAUGAGUCUGGAAUCGGACCUGAUCCAUCAGGUCCUGACAAUGGGAAAUCCUCACAUUCUAUGGCAUCAGAGCCUGUAGGAAUGAAAGGUGCAGGAAUACCAGGAAUUAUUGAAGAUCACACAGAUAAGGGGAUUGGUAAAGAUGGAGAGCCUUGAGCCAUGAUUGAUGGUGGUUACUAUGAAGAGCAAAGUAUCAGAAGGUGGAUUGAUGUCUAGUAGCUGUGAGUGUGGUACACUAAUAAGUCUAUAAUGGAUACAGGAGUGGGUCUGGAUGAGGUUGUAAUAAAUAUUCAUUAAAUUUUUGAAAGUAGUAUUGUUUUUAAAUGUGACACAGAAUUGUUUGAAUUGUGUCUGUUUCAUUUUACAUGCCACCCUUUGUUAUAUCAAAGUUAGGCAUGGUAAUGUAAUGCCAGGAAAUAUGACUUGCCCAUUUGUGUGUGAGAAUCCUUCUUCCUGUUUUAUGUGUUUAUUAGAAUUAGCAACUAUCAUCUCUACUUCUAAUCUUAGCCUCUUUCAGUGCAUUAGCUGUUGUCAAUAUAUUGGUCAUAGACCAGUAAUGUUAGCAGUGCCUUUGAGAACAUUUUACAAAUAUAGUAAUGAUAAAAAGAAAGCAACAAAUAAACUUUGUGAGCAGAG